CAGAAACGCUUUUUCAUGGGAUUGUUUGGAUUAAAAUCAUAAUAUUUACUAAUUUGAUUCAAUCUAUCCCUUUUCUUGGUUUGAUGAUUUUUUUUUAAUAUCUAACAAAACUAUUAAACCUAAAGUUUCUAGUGCAAACUUCAUUUCUACUUUUGAAUUGGUUUAGUAAAAGGCAAAAUGGGACUUAUUUCCCAUUACCUGAGAGUUUUCUUCAGAUCCCACACAAGACCCAUUAAUUCACGAAUGGCAAAGAAAGGUGAAACAACUUCAAGCAUUGUCUACUUAGUCUCAUCUACAACAGCUUUUAUUGGUUUAAUUUACCUAUUUAAUAAGAAUUUAGACAAUAACAGAGAUGGUCCCUAUACUGAUGGAAAAGCCUACACACCUUAUGAUACUGCUAGAAAGUUUGGAUUAGACAAACCUGCGACCAUUAUCACUUUCAAAGGAUUCUCAAUGGAAAAAGAAGUUCUUGAUAGAGAUGAUGAAAAAUUCAUCCCAACAAAAAUUUUAUAAAUUUUUUAUUUGAUAGAGUGUUUGUCAAAUUAUUGAACAGUUUAGGUAUAAAUAAAUUAUUUUGGAAAGUUUA